AUGGGCGAACGUGUGGUAGUGAAACCCAGCGAGGGCGAGCAGACCACGAAAGGCGGUAUUUUCCUGCCCGACACAGCAAGGAAAAGCCCCAGGAAGGCGAGGGUCAGCGAUGACGGAACACGCAUCGCUAUGGACGUUGCCAAGGGAGACCGGGUUAUCUAUUCCAAGUUUGCCGGCACCGAGUACAAGGACGGCGACGACGAAUACCUCAUCCUGCGGGAGAGCGACAUUCUGGCCAAGCUAUCCUAG